AUGAAUCGUCUUCCUGUUUCUAGCCUCAUGUCACCCCCGGAGUCAAAGCCGAUGGAGAACUUUCACCCUUAUCCCAGGCGCGACUCGACUGUCAUGGGUGACAUCAAACUCCCCCCAAUCUCCGCUGAUCGCAAGCGAACACAGUCGGAGAUGGAUCUGCCCUCGCCACCCGUCACCCCCUACACGGGGAACAAGAAACGGCGAUCUCAUACCUCUGAACAGAUUGAGCGGGAUGCCGCCACUGCUCGGGAUCCCUUGCUCUUCCCCCGCCAUGACUCCACGGCUGCCGCCUCGGAUGAGCCGCUGUUCGGUCCCAUCCCCCCUCCAGCUGCUGAGGCGCUCGUCGCCCAUCACAUGAACUCGCACAUGGCCAGGUUUGAGAACAAGCGGAACAAACCCACGCGCGAUGAAUAUCUUCUCGCGCUGUCAUGUGUCCCCAUCGUUUCAACCCAGUAUAACCGCAACCCCGCGGCCUGGGCUCGAGAGGAACGGGAAACACUAGAGCGCCAGAUGGUGUUGAUGAAUCGAUAUCGCCCCGGGGAUCUGGAGGCCAAGCUGAAGAAGAUCGCCCCAGCCCCCGCCAGGCGAAUUGGUGUGGCCCCUCCGCGUGUUCCCCGAAUCCGAGUCAAGCGCACCCCCAAAUCUACCCCCAAGCAGCACGCUCUGGACUCCUUUGACUCCCCACCCUCAGCCUCCAAGCCCCGUGCCCUCGGCACCAACCGGGAUGAUACAGACUUCCAUGCCCUCAAGGACUUCUCCCCCCCGCUCGACACUCUCGGCGGCAAUGCCAAGGCCUUGAAGGCCGACUGGAAGGGCCAGAUGUUGGAUUUGAGCAAUGACCCGGACAGACACCUGCUCAGUCCCGCCGAGCUCAAUCUGGCUUCCACCCUCCGAUUGUCCUGCGCCACCUACUUGUGCAGCAAACGUCGCAUCUUUGAAGCCCGCGUGCGAGCCUUGGGUGUGGGCAAGGAGUUCCGCAAGACGGAUGCCCAGCAGGCCUGCAAGAUUGAUGUCAACAAGGCUAGUAAGCUAUGGACGGCCUACGAGCGAGUGGGCUGGUUCAAGCCCGAUUUCUUUCAGCAAUACGUCAGAUGA